GGAAGUGACUUGGUUGCAGAUGGCACAGCUGGUGGGUGGCAGCCAGUGCCCUUCCUGCCCAGAAGAUGCCAGGAAAAUCUGUGCCCGGGAAGGGCGGUCUGGCACCUGAGGGCCCCGCCUGACCAGCCCUUCUCAGCAGCAGGAGCUGGGUGGGAGUCACCUUAUGCCAGAGACGCCCCAGCAGUGCCAUCCACCUCCUGGGCUGAGGAGUAACCCCAAGAGGCUCUGCCCGGGGUGUGGGGCCUGGCACCCAGUCCUGCCUGGCAGAGCCUGGAGAGAAGUGAGCCGUGGUUGGUGGAGGAGUUGCUGCAGCCCGGCGCGUUCUCAGCCCGGCUCUUUGUCUGCCGCUUUGUGAUGGGCCGCUGGCCUAGAAAUGGCCUCAAAUGGAAGCUGCGACCGGAUCCUGGUGGAGGUUUUGGAGCUAGGCUAGAGAUGAGGAGUCCAGGGUUCAGUGUGCACGUGCUGCUCCUGCACUAGGGCCGAAGCAAUGCGAGUGCUAGCGACCGAGGCAAGGAGGUGACGCGCAGGGGACUUAAGGAGCGGAGCGCCGCGGGAGGACGCGCCCAGGUCAGGGGGACUCCUUCUGCGACCCCCACACUGGGUCUCCGGCCCACGCGUGGCCCGUCUGGUCUGCGGAGCUGGCGCCGGGGCCGCCAGAGGGCGCCCGGGGCGGAGGAGGGGGCGGGAGCCGGGGAAGCCCGGGGAGGUGGUGGCAGAGCCGGCGCCGCCCCGCGGGGUCUGCGGCUCAGGUCUUAACGGUCGGCUGCAUGGGCCGGGGAAUCCGGAUUCCGGGGGUUCAACGCCCAGGGGUUCCAUGAGCCCCUACUGUUCUCGGAUGCCUGGCCGGCCCCGACGCACUCGUCCCAGCACCCCUCCCCCGUCCCCAUCCUCCAGCCCCUCCCCCGUCGCCCCUCCGGGGUCCAGCCGGGCGGGGCCGCUCCAGGGUCGCGGCUGGCGCGGGUCCCCGGGCCCUGGCCCUCCGGUACCCCAGGCCAAGGACAGAAAACUUGAGCAUCCACGCGCAGGGGUGGGGAGGGGAAUCCCACUCUGGGGGUGCACUGCCCCGCCCUCUCCGGGUCUGCCUCGGCCCCGCCUGGGCCCCAAGCCCCGCCCCCUCCCCUCGGCCGGCCGGAGAGCCCCGGGGGCCGCCGCAGCCGCCCAAGCGCCCGCCAUGCGCGCUGCCCCCGCCGCGCCGCUGCUCCAGCUGCUGCUCCUGCUGGGGCUGUGGCUGGAGGCUGCAGGCGUUGCAGAGUCGCCGCUGCCCGCCGUGGUCCUUGCCAUCCUGGCCCGCAAUGCCGAACACUCGCUGCCCCACUACCUGGGCGCGCUGGAGCGGCUGGACUACCCCCGGGCCAGGAUGGCCCUCUGGGACUCGCAAAGCAUGGUUUGGUCCUUAUUACAACCUGGGGGUGGAAGAAAGCAGCAGCUCUUCUGUCUAGUCCCCAUUCAGAGAGGGACAGGAGCUGGCCUGUGGUCACACAGCCACAGGUCACACAGGUGUGCCACGGACCACAAUGUGGACAACACCACAGAGAUGCUGCAGGAGUGGCUGGCAGCUGUGGGCGAUGACUAUGCCGCUGUGGUCUGGAGGCCCGAGGGGGAGCCCAGGUUCUACCCAGAUGAAGAGGGUCCCAAGCACUGGACCAAAGAAAGGCACCAGUUUCUGAUGGAGCUGAAGCAGGAAGCCCUCACCUUUGCCAGGGACUGGGGGGCUGACUAUAUCCUGUUUGCAGACACAGACAACAUUCUGACCAACAACCAGACUCUGCGGCUUCUCAUGGGGCAGGGGCUUCCAGUGGUGGCCCCAAUGCUGGACUCCCAGACCUACUACUCCAACUUCUGGUGUGGGAUCACCCCCCAGGGCUACUACCGCCGCACAGCCGAGUACUUCCCCACCAAGAACCGUCAGCGUCGGGGCUGCUUCCGCGUCCCCAUGGUCCACUCCACCUUCCUGGUAUCCCUGCGGGCUGAAGGGGCAGACCAGCUUGCCUUCUACCCCCCACAUCCCAACUACACUUGGCCUUUCGAUGACAUCAUUGUCUUCGCCUAUGCCUGCCAGGCUGCUGGUGGGGAAACUGAGUCCCAGAGAAGACCAACACGUUGGCCUGUCUCUGCAGGGAUCUCAGUCCACGUGUGCAAUGAGCACCGUUAUGGGUACAUCAAUGUGCCCGUGAAAUCCCACCAGGGGCUGGAAGACGAGAGGGUCAACUUCAUCCACCUGAUCUUAGAAGCACUAGUGGACGGCCCCCCCAUGCAGGCCUCAGCUCAUGUGACUCGGCCCUCCAAGAGGCCCAGCAAGUUAGGGUUUGAUGAGGUUUUUGUCAUCAGCCUGGCUCGCAGGCCUGACCGUCGAGAACGCAUGCUCGCCUCGCUCUGGGAGAUGGAGAUCUCUGGGCGGGUGGUGGACGCUGUGGACGGCCGGAUGCUCAACAGCAGUGCCAUCAGGAGCCUCGGCGUAGACCUGCUCCCGGGCUAUCAGGACCCCUACUCAGGACGCACCCUGACCAAGGGCGAGGUGGGCUGCUUCCUCAGCCAUUACUCCAUCUGGGAAGAGGUGGUUGCGAGGGGCCUGUCCCAGGUCCUGGUGUUUGAGGAUGACGUGCGCUUUGAGAGCAACUUCAGGGGGAGGCUGGAGCAGCUGAUGGAGGACGUGGAGGCAGAGAAACUGCCAUGGGACCUGAUCUACCUCGGGCGGAAGCAGGUGAACCCUGAGAAGGAGGCAGCCGUGGAGGGGCUGCCGGGCCUGGUGGUGGCCGGGUACUCCUACUGGACGCUGGCCUAUGCCCUGAGCCUGGCGGGCGCCCGUAAGCUGCUGGCCUCGCAGCCUCUGCGCCGCAUGCUGCCUGUGGACGAGUUCCUGCCCAUCAUGUUCGACCAGCACCCCAACGAGCAGUACAAGGCACACUUCUGGCCAAGGGACCUGGUGGCCUUCUCCGCCCGGCCCCUGCUUGCUGCCCCUACCCACUAUGCCGGGGACGCCGAGUGGCUCAGUGACACGGAGACUUCCUCUCCAUGGGAUGACGACAGCGGCCACCUCAUUAGCUGGAGUGGCUCCCAAAAGACCCUGCGCAGCCCUCGCCUGGACAUGGCUGGCAGCAGUGGGCACAGCCUCCAACCCCAGCCUCGAGAUGAGCUCUAGGUCCAGGUGAUGACUGCAAAGGAGUGCCCAGGAGCAGGCCACUACUCCCCAGAGAGCAGAGAAGGAGGUUGUUGGCAGGGACCACAGUCAGACCUGGCCACCACCUUGGGCAUGGCCACUCUGCCCUCUGGACCUGUCUUUCGUCUGGAGAAACCACUGAGAGAUGGAUCCCAUUCCCUAAUGGUCUCACAGCAAAGGAACAGGACUUCCAGGCCCCUUGACCCUGCCUGGCCUGAUUCAGGGCCUGGUGGCCCCCAGCCUUCUGUUUCAAGCUGGGCAUACCCCAGGCGCCCUUCCCUCCCUAAGGACUCAGCUGAGGGACCCCUCUGCCCCCUUCUACCUCCACCUCAGCACCCUCCCCCAGCUUGAUGUUUAGGUCUCCCCAGCACCCUCCUCCCUGGCCGGUGCAAAGUACAGGGAGGUAGAGGAGGACCCUUGCAGACCUGUUGCCCAGCACACAGUAGGCCCUCAAUAAAAGCCAUUUGCACUUUAAAUAUA